UACUGAGCUUUUCAGAAAUUACAGUCUCGCAGACAAGCAAACCAUUGCUAUAGCUUGUGUUAAUUGCUAUACUAGCAAGAUUGUCAAGUGUGUCUUGGAACCAUAGAAUAUGAGAAGCCUAAAUUUUGGGAAAUCAGGAAAGCAUUAGGCAUAUCAGUGAUAAAUGAGUAGUUUAGUGGGGGGAGCAGCUUGUUUUGACUGCUCUUUUGAGAGGCUUAGCAAUAAAGAAGAGUAGAGAAAGAUAGAUUUUAGUAGGGGGAGUUUGGGUUUGCAGGUUGUGUGUCUGUGUAUGUAUGCAUUUAAAAAUACGGUCAUUGGGAAAAGGUUGAAGAUUUAGGACAUGUCUUUUUUUGCCUUACUGGUUGCAGGAUGGCUGCCACUUAUUCAAGUGUCAUAAGUAAAUAGGACUCAGUCUCUUGGAAGAAGACAAUUUUUUUCUGGGAUGUCUCUUUAUCAGGGAUAAAAACCUCUUUCCCCACUGCCUCAAGUGGAUGCCAUCCCUGUCAUCUCCUCUCUAUUCAUGAGCCAACACUGCACAAAGGCCCAUGUCUAAAUCAGCCAAUGUCACGGGAAAUGGGACCACUGCGAUUGGCUUAAAUGGAUCGUGUUUCAUCUUGAGUUGGAACUGGAGCUGCUUCCCUAGAAACGUGUGGCCUCCAACAGGGAGUAGAUCUGUUUGAUGGCAAUUAGAAGCAUGCUUUCACUGAACUUUCCAGCACCAUUUGUUAUGCAGAAUGUCUCUGAGUGAGAACGCGGUUUUUGCCUAUGAAUCUUCUGUGCACAGCACCAAUGUGCUGCUCAGCCUCGACGACCAGCGGAAGAAGGACGUGCUGUGCGAUGUCACGGUCCUCGUGGAGGGCCAGCCGUUCCGCGCCCACCGGUCUGUGCUGGCGGCAUGCAGCAGCUACUUCCACUCGAGAAUCUUAGACCAGGCUGAUGAGGAGCUUAACAUUACUCUUCCAGAAGAGGUGACAGUUAAAGGAUUUGAACCUUUAAUUCAGUUUGCCUACACUGCCAAACUGUUUUUAAAUAAAGACAACGUGGAUGAAGUGUGCAAGUGUGUGGAAUUUUUAGGUGUGCAUGAUAUCGAAGAAUCCUGCUUUCAGUUUCUCAAAUUUAAGUUUUUGGACUCCACCGCAGACCAGCAAGAAUGCCCAAGAAAAAAAUGCUUCCCAUCACACUGUCAGAAUACAGACCUUAAAUUUUCACUUUUGGACCAGAGGGAUUUAGAAAUUGAUGAAGUGGAGAAAUUUUUGGAAAAUAAAAAUGUUCAGACUCCUCAGUGUAAACUCCGUGGGUAUCAAGGAAAUGCAAAAAUAUCACCUCCUCUACAAGACAGUGCUAGUCAGACAUGUGAGUCCAUGUGCUUAGAGAAGGAUGCUGCUCUGGCUUUGCCAUCUUUAUGCCCCAAAUACCGAAAAUUUCAAAAAGCAUUUGGAACUGACAGAGUUCGUACUGUGGAAUCUGGUGUCAAAGACGUUCACACUUCUGUUCACCCAAAUGAGACAUCCGAAAAUGAAUGUCUGGGAGGAAGCCAGGACUGUGCAGAUUUGCAGGUGGUUUUAAAAUGUGAGGACAGUAAAUUAGCAGUGGAACAUGAAGAAGCCAAGAAAGAUCUUGCUUCUCAGUGCCCAUCAGAAAAAGCAGAGGUGACCCCUUUCCCCCAUAAUUCUUCUACAGACCCUCCUGGGCUCUACUCUCUGUCUCUUAUACACACUUACGACCAGUAUGGUGACUUGAAUUUUGCUGGUAUGCAAAACACAGCAGGGUUAACAGAAAAGCCUUUGUCAGGUCCAGAUAUCGGAGAAGAGAAAACAUUUGGUGAAAGUCAAGAUUUACAUUUGAAAUCCGACCCUGGCCCCAGAGAAGAUAGUAACCUUGCCUGUAGUGAUCGGAGUAGUGUGGAACGAGAAGUGGCAGAGCACCUAGCAAAAGGCUUCUGGAGUGACAUUUGCAGCACGGACUCUCCUUGCCAAAUGCAGUUAUCACCUGCCGUGGCCAAAGAUGGUUCAGAACAAAUCUAUUCACAGAAACGGUCCGAGUGUCCCUGGUUAGGUAUCAGGAUUAGCGAAAGCCCAGAACCGGGUCAGAGGACUUUUGCAACAUUGAGUUCUGUCAACUGCCCUUUCAUAAGCACUCUGAGUACCGAAGCCUGUUCAAGCAGUUUGGAAAUUGGAAACGAUGAUUAUGUUUCAGAACCCCAGCAGGAACCUUGUCCCUAUGCUUGUGUGAUUAGCUUGGGGGACGACUCUGAGACGGAUACCGAAGGAGACAGUGAACCAUGUUCAGCCAGAGAACAAGAAUGUGAGGUAAAACUGCCAUUUAAUGCACAACGAAUAAUUUCACUCUCUCGAAAUGAUUUUCAAUCCUUGUUGAAAAUGCACAAACUAACUCCCGAACAACUGGAUUGUAUCCAUGAUAUUCGGAGAAGAAGUAAAAACAGAAUUGCUGCUCAGCGCUGUCGCAAGAGAAAGCUUGACUGUAUACAGAAUCUUGAAUCAGAAAUCGAGAAACUGCAAAAUGAAAAGGAGAGCUUGUUGAAGGAAAGAGAUCACAUUUUGUCAACUCUGGGCGAGACAAAGCAGAACCUAACUGGACUUUGCCAGCAAGUCUGUAAAGAAGCAGCUCUAAGUCAAGAACAAAUCCAGAUACUCGCCAAGUACUCAGCCUCAGAUUGCCCACUUUCAUUUUUAAUUUCUGAAAAAGAAAAAAAUACUUCUGAGGGUGCGCUCAUGUUACCAUCAGUUUUGAGUUUACCCGAGGGGCCUCCGGCUGUGCCACCCAUGUGCGAGCAAAGCCUUCGCUGUGCCAGUGUGAAGAGCAGUGAGUUGGGCUGCGUGCAGGGGCCGGAGUCAAGGCGGACUACUGGCACAGCUUCUGAACAAGCUGGACCUGCGGGACAGUGUCGGCAGAGCGCAGGCAUCUCAGAUUUCUGUCAGCAGAUGACAGAUAAAUGUACUACUGAUGAGUAAACUUGCAUUCAUUUCCUUGAAACCAUCUGAUUUUUCUACUGAAGUUUUGACAUUUGUCUUGAAAACCUAAUAUCGCCAUCUGUCUCUGAACAAUACUGUUUGUUCCCGCAGUAGUUGGCUGUUAAGGGAAUUCCUCCAAAGUCAGCCCUGACUUUUCCCUAACUCCACAAGAGAUGCAGAGGUGAUUUGCCUCCUGGAUACCAGAAAAAAAAAAAUCACAUGUGAAAAUGUAGUAAGCCUUUAAAAACUUAUGUUUUAAAGAAUAAUAUCUAUUAGUACUAACUCUUCUCCUCUUCCAAAAUAAAUAUGAGAAUGAAACAUGCAGCCUAUCAAACAAUAGUUUAAUAGCUUGAAAUGUCUGCAGCUAGUUCCUACUAAAGAAGUAGCCUGUAAAAGUUUAAUAAUCUGACCUUUUGCAAUAUUCUGGUUUAUUUAAAAGAAAAUUUCUCUCCAAGUAAUGCUGAUAGAAUUUAGAUCUACUCAGAAGUAGGGUGUCAACUACUGGGAAUAUUUGUGUAGAACCGCAGUGUGAAAAAGAAAGAAAGCAUCUUACCUGAAUCCUGGAGCUUUGCUCUUCAGCUCCUACAAAAACCAGGGACUGGUUGGCCUGCACUGUGAGUCCUGCGCUACAUUGGAAAUAUGUAGGAAGCAGGACAGACAGGCGGUUGGCCUAAGGCAGAGGUUUCUGCUCCUUCCCAUUGUCGACUUUAGAAAUUCUGGUUGAAUAAACAGAUAGGUGUCAUGUUCCCUGUUUUCUUUUUUUUUUUUCUCUUUAGUCUCUACCGUAUCUGGGUCCAUCAUGAUCUUUCCAUUCCCUGACCGUCUUGUCUCUUUUGAGCGACCACGUUGGCACAGUUGUCUCAGCCUUCCUGGCAUCUUGGAGAGCUUAUCAAAAUACAAGGCCGUUCGCCUUCCCACCAUAGCUCGCCCCUGCAAAAACCACACGUCACAGGGAGAGAAAGUUGCCUGCUUUUGUUAGGAGUGGCAGUUGUUUUUCAUCCUGUUGUUGAAAUCCUAUGGUUUACUCGUAAAAAACAUUAUUAUAGUUAAAAAUGUAUCUACAAUAACCGUGCAGGUAUGUGAAAUAGGAUAUAAGACCAUCUUGUUUCACUGCGGGUUUGAAUUUGGAAACCAGAUUUAAUCUUGCUCCCCUCCCCAGAUCUGGUGUAUGAGGGCACACAAAUCAUUUUGACUUGGGCAUUUAAAAAUCCGUCUUUGUAUUUAUUCAGUUCUGUUUUACAACAUAGUUUUUAUAAUCUGAGUGCUUAUCCCAUAACGUUUCGUAGUGGUUCUUAGCCAGUCUGGUGUUACAAAUGAAAGCUAUCGAUAUUGACCUUCUCAGCAAUUAAAAAAACUGCACAUAUUCUUCACAGAAGCACUUGCAGAACUCAGUUUUAAAGGGCACAAAGGAGUAAUUUAUAGUGUUUGGAUUAGAAAGUACUUCAUUUCACCAGGAUCAGACUCCUAAGGAAAAGACUUCUAUAGAUCGCAUCCUGAAUCUAGCGGAGGGCCUGUGUAACUAACGUGGGAGACAGCCAUCCAUUAUGGAGGAAUGAGUCUGAAGCAAGUAGACCUUUGCUGUGAGAGUAUAUGGGGACCACACCUAAUAUUUCAGAGUAAUUUGUCAAAUGUUACCCUUUUUGAUGGGCGGAGGGGUUGUGGAGAGACAUUCCUAGUAUAUUUUCAGUGGCUUAUAUGUUAUUUCUGUUAUUGACUCAGUUAUUAUAAGAGAAAACUAGUCAGGCUUGUUUAUUUUCUAAAGGCUUUUAUAAAUACACUCGAAGUUUUCAGGGAGAAUGAUAUUAACUCUAUGAUAACGCAUCCCAUACUAUAAAAGACUUAUGUGUGUAGGUAUGUACAUACACACACAUAUAUAAUCCCAUGUAGCUCUUUGUUUGGUAUUUGUAAUAUUAAAUUUUAAGUCCAAAAUAUAAUAUGAAAAUGUUCCUGGUUUACAAAAUGUAAAAUCUUCUACAAACCAAUGGAAUCCUUGAUUUCCUACCUCAGUGUAUACUCACCUGUCUGUUGUACCAGUACGUGUCUGUGCAAAUGUCAAAUGAUCUUUUGCUUUAAUUGCUACUGUACAUAACUGCUUUGAAAGCUUGCUUCCUAUUUCAUGGUAAAACAAUGUUGUCUCCAGAGUUUAAAUAUGAUUUUUAAGACGUUUGGUUGAAAUUUCUCUCUACAUAUGAACAGUUUAGCAUUAAGGCUUUAUUUUAAUGAUAGUCUGAUCAUUAGCCAACUGUAAUAUUUUGUAAAAUAUAGCAUUUCUUUUACUAGCCAGCAUAUAAUACAAGUAACUACACUACCUCAUACCUCCAUGACUUUCAAGUUGUAAUACAGAGGGACAGAAAGAUAAAAAAGGUUUUUUAUCUUUGACAUUUGGCCAUAAGGUGGGAAAAUUUUCUGUAUAUUGCAUAGCAUUACACAUUUAUGCCUAUUUUAAAGUUAACUUCUAAAGAAGUUUUUUUCUAAGGAAAUUUGUUUUAAAUUGAUUUUGUUUUCAGGGUGCCGAAGACAAAUGAUAGGAUUAUGUAUAUACAGUGUAUAUCUUUUCCUUCAUGCAGAAUUUUGGAAAGGUUUUCAGUUUGUAAUUACAUAUUUACAUGAUCAUUGUUCCUUAUUUUCUGAAUUGGUUUCAAGUUUUGAUUUUUAAAAAGCUGUUAUGUCUAACUCAGUAAAAUAACAUUACCUUAAAAGUAUUUUCAUUAUUUGAAUUCCGCACCCGUGGCAAGUAAUUUGUUGUUAAAUGGUUAUAUUCAAAGCAAAUAUGGAUAUAAAUCUUGGUUCUCCAUUUGUAAAUUUUAUAACAUAAUUUACUGUAGCCUAAUACUCAACCAAUUUUAAAUAAGGGAUUAAAUAUAUUUGAUGCAGUAGACGAUACAGGCUGCAUGUGGACACUCAACCACAUUAACAACUUGGGAAAAAUAAUGAAACAAAUGGCAAUGUUAUAGUGAAUUCUCAGGUGAACGUUUUUCAGUUAUAAAACAUCUAUUUUGAAUUUGUAAAUAUUUUAAGUGUUUUAUCAAGGCAUGUAAUAAACUAUUCUUUGAAACCUUUUGGAUAAAUGAAAAUUUAAAGCCCAAAAUGGCAAUAUUAAUUGUAAAUAAACAUCUAUUGAUUCUUUUUGUAUCUUUCUUAAUAUAAUUUCUAACAAUGCAAUAAAACCACUAAAUUUAUAUAUCCAUAUCUUAUUAAAAUUAUGUUUCAUUAAAAGUAAAUUUUCACAGUAUUUAAUUUACAUUUUCUUCUUAAUGUGCUUAUCAAAAUGUAGCAAAAUUAUAAAUGUUAGAUGUCGGUGACAAAUUGACAGUUAAAUAAAAUUCCCUAUAAUUGCUUCUAACUGAA